AUGUCUGACAUAACAGAUGCAGCACGUGCUAUUCUUGCAUUUAACGAUCGUGGUGGUUAUACAGUACCCACUGAUGCUCUUUAUCCAUUUCAGUGGAAUUGGGAUUCAGCUUUUGUUUCAAUGGGAUUUGCCACGUUCAAUAUAGAUCGAGCCUAUCAAGAACUCGAACGACUUAUUGAAGGACAAUGGGAUGAUGGCAUGUUACCUCAUAUCGUUUUUCAUGUGCCAAGUGAUACCUACUUUCCAGGUCCUGAUGUAUGGAACACCCAUCAUCGUCAUCAUAAAAAACCAACAACAUCUGGCAUUACUCAACCACCUGUCUUUGGUAUGGCAUUACGAUAUAUUUAUGAGAUAGCACUUACAGAAGGUCGAGAAGAUGUACUUGCACGAACACGCUUGCUCUUCCAUGCAGCAUUGCGUUCUCAUCGUUGGUGGAUGAAAGUACGAGAUCCUGAGAAACGUGGUCUUGUUGCCAUUCUUCAUCCAUGGGAGAGCGGUAGCGAUAAUUCUCCUGCAUGGGAUGAAGCACUUGCUCGAGUAUCUACAAUAACAAAGACUGAAAUUUGUCGUCAAGAUACGAAACAUGUCAGUGCAGCCAUGAGACCACAUCACGCUGAUUAUCAACGAUUUAUUCAUCUAGUUGAAGUAUAUCGUGAAUGUAAAUGGGAUCCAGUAAAACAAUGGUCAGCAGCACCAUUCAAAGUUGCUGAUGUACAAAUGACUGCUAUUCUUGCACGAGCGACUGCUGAUUUGAUUUGGAUUGCAUCACAUCUUAAUUUGCUUGACGAAAUUAAUGAGUUAUCAACAAUACAUCGUAUUCUGCUGGAUGGAUUGAGAGGUCGCUGGCGAAACAAUCUUCGAGGUUUUGUUUCGUUGGAUCUCAUCUCAGGUAAAGAUAUUCAAAAGCCAACACAAGCUUACUUUAUUCCGCUCAUUGCUAUUGAACUCGAUACUUAUCAGCAUGAAGCAGUGCAAGAUGAAAUCGAGCGCUGGUGUAACGGUAUGAUUGUUGGAGUGCCAUCAACAGCUCCGUUUUCCUCAGAUUUUGAAUCAAAACGAUAUUGGCGUGGUCCAGUCUGGGCUGUCAUUAAUUGGUUAAUAGUCGAUGGCUUAUGUAAAAAUCAUUUGGCUGAACUAGCUGCGAUUAUUGAAGGCAACACCAUCAAUGCUAUUGAACGUGCGGGCUUUCGUGAAUAUUUUGAUCCAAUUACUGGUGAAGGACUUGGUGGGAAUAGUUUUUCGUGGACAGCUGCUGCUUAUCUUGUUUUAAGACAUCGUUUAAAUAAUCAGUAA